AUGGCUGUCCUGCGCCAGCUGCGCCCCUCAGAAGGUGGCCUUACUUUGCAAGGGCACGUGUAUUUGGACUGUGGGUGCAGGAGCCUCAUCGUUUCCUCCAGCCUUGUCCGCCAGGGCGAGCGGGGCUGGUGGGUGGGUGUUUUCCACCACAGCCAUGGCGCCAAGGUCUGGAACGCCACUGCUGUCUGCAUCUUUGGGAUGGAGGAAGUGAAGGAGCAAGCCUGUGCAUCCACACACUUCAUCAUGAACGGGAAGAGCUGUAUCCUGGAGUGUCCUUCCGAGCUACAUCUCGGGAAAGAGGUGUCUGAGGGAACACCUGAGGGCAUCUGGGAGGCACGAUCAAUCAAGAAAUUACCUACCUUGAUUCACUCUGGAUUAGUGGCUGUUUAUGGCACAGUUGUUUUGAAUCAGAUAGUUCUCUUUUUGGGAACAGAUGACGGACAGUUACUGAAGGCUAUUCUUAAUGAGGAUAUGGAAUCUAAUUGCCCAGAGGUUUUAUACGAAAUUGAGGAAGAAACCUCCAUUUUCCCCAAACUUCGCCUUGAUCCCGUAGAUAAUAACUACAUCUAUCUGUCCUCUGCCAAUAAGGUGAGAAGAAUACCAGUUGCAAAUUGUGGUAGAUAUGUUUCCGAGCAAGAAUGCUUAUCUGCAAAGGAUCCCUACUGUGGGUGGUGUUCUUUGAAUCAAAGGUGCACACUAAAAGAAAAUUGUACACGUUCAAACAGCAUAAAGGGUUGGUAUAACAUUUCAUAUGCACCUGAUAAAGAUCUGAAAAUCCUGCUAAGUUUCCCUGCCAAAAAUCAGGUUGUGGUGGCUGCAAGCAUAAGCAAAAUCCUUACUUCCUGUAUGAUAAAAAUUGUAAAGCCUGUUGAAAUAUUUUAUGAAAAUGUAGUGCUGAAAAACUCAUCCUGUUUCUGCAAUCUAACCACUCCGGUGAUAAGUGAUAACGCUGCUCACGAUGUAUACACAAGGGAUAGUUGUAAUGCAGCUGCUUCCAAGGGGAUCACCACUGCGCAGAAAACAGAGCAUAUCAGCAUUCACUCCAUUGAACCUUUGUGGAUUUCUACAUUAGGCAAAAGUGAAAUAACAGUCAAAGGAGAAAACUUUACACGUGCAUCAGGCAUAAAACUGAUACUGACUGGAAUCACUGGCUGUAAACCAGACAUCAUUAAAGUUAGAAAUGUGUUAAACGAUACACAAAUGACAUUUGCUCUCCCACCAACACGUAAAGAGGCCAAGAGUAUAUGUAUACAGGCUAAUGGGAAAAAAUGUUCACCACCAAUGACCCUGCAUUAUGUUUCACUGCCAUCAUGUUUUGGAAUCACACCAAAUACCUCCUGGAUCAGUGGUGGUCGCAAAAUUACUACAAUUGGUAGAAAUUUUAAUGUGGUGGACAGUGUGAUUAUUUCAGAUGAUCAGAGAUCAAACCUCACCGUCUCCAGGUGUCCUGGAAAUGAAUCUGACUAUCAUUACUUAACGCCAAGCCUGAGCCAUGCAACAGAGGGUAAAGUUGUUGAUAUGAUGUUAAAAGUGGAAACUACCUUUAUACCAUGUGUCAAAUUACACUAUCACCCUGACCCAGUGUUCAUUAACUACCAGCUACACACUGAGCUGGAUCCUGAUCUGGAAUUAAAAAUAUAUGUAAGUUUGAAAGUAAUAAACUGUAAUUCCUUAUUUAAAAUAAAAGAAAAUGACAACUUGAAUAUUUCUAAAACUGAGGUAGAGGUUUAUCUGUCGUAUAUGAAUGGUGCACAGACCAAAAAGAUAUGGUUCAGCAUCCAAAAUAUUACCAAAAAACCAGACCGUAGCACCAUAUUGUGCAAAUUCAAAAGGGAAGGAACAGACAAGAUUGACUUUUCUACAGUGAAAGUUUUUGUCAAAUUAGGAAAUUUUGAGCACGAAGUCAAACCAACAUCAUCGCACAUAUAUUUGUAUGUUCUUAUUUUGCUACCUAUUGUAGUGGGUGUCAUUAUAGCGGCAUUCAUAGUUACCAGAUACAAAUCCAAAGAGUUAACUCGUAAACAGAGUCAGCAACUUGAACUGCUGGAAUAUGAGAUUCGGAAAGAAAUACGCGAGGGAUUUGCUGAACUGCAGAUGGAUGAAUUAGACGUGGUGGAUAGUUUUGGAACCGUUCCCUUCCUUGACUACAAACACUUUGCUCUUAGAACUUUCUUUCCAGAGUCAGGAGGCUUUGCAUCCAUCUUCAGUGAAGACAUGCCACAGAGCAGAGACCAAACGAGCAAGGAUGAAAGCUUCAACAUGUUGCAUGCUUUAAUUUGUAACAAGAACUUUCUUGUUACUCUCAUUCACACCCUUGAAAAGCAGAAAAAUUUCUCUGUGAAAGACAGAUGCUUGUUUGCAUCCUUCUUGACUAUUGCACUACAAACUAAGCUAGUUUAUCUAACCCAUAUUUUGGAAGUGUUGACCAAGGACUUGAUGGAGCAAUCAAGCAAUGUACAGCCUAAGCUCCUGCUCAGACGAACUGAAUCUGUGGUGGAAAAAUUGCUGACAAACUGGAUGUCUGUCUGCCUUUCUGGAUUUCUCCGCGAGACAAUUGGUGAACCUUUCUAUUUGCUAGUGACAACCCUCAAUCAGAGGAUAAACAAAGGACCUGUUGACGCGAUAACUUGCAAAGCCCUGUACACGCUUAACGAAGACUGGCUGCUGUGGCAAGUGUCUGAAUUCAAAACAGUGGUAUUGAACAUUAUCUUCGAAAAAGUCCCAGAAAACGAGAGUGGAGAUGCCUGUCAAACUAUCCAAGUUAAUGUUCUGGACUGCGACACUAUAGGCCAAGCCAAGGAGAAGAGCCUUCAGGCCUUCUUUAAUAAGAAUGGUUUUCUCUACGGUCUUCAGCUGGAUGAAAUUGGUCUUGAACUUGUGUCUGAGGAGCAGCAAAGAGAAUUGUUAGAUAUUGAUGGUUCCUCAGAGGUGAUGGAGGAUGGGAUAAGGAAGCUAAAUACCAUCGGUCAUUACGAGAUUUCAAGUGGAGCAACCAUAAAAGUCUUUAAGAAGAAGGCAAAUACCCGAUCAGAUGUGGACUACUCGGAUGAACACUGUCAUUUGAUUCUACCAGACUCCGAAGCAAACAAAGAUGUGAAAGGAGCGGGUCACAAAGGAAAGCAAAAAUUCAAAGUGAAAGAAAUGUAUCUGACAAAGCUUCUGUCAACCAAGGUUGCAAUUCAUUCAGUUGUUGAAAAGCUCUUCAGGAGCAUUUGGAGUUUACCCAACAAUAAAGCACCGGUUGCCAUCAAGUACUUUUUUGACUUUCUGGAUGCCCAGGCUGAGAGCAAAAAAAUUACUGACCCUGAUGUGGUCCAUAUAUGGAAAACCAACAGUCUUCCCCUUCGCUUCUGGGUGAACAUACUGAAGAAUCCCCAAUUUGUCUUUGAUAUUAAGAAGACUUCACAUAUAGAUGGCUGUUUGUCUGUAAUCGCACAAGCUUUCAUGGAUGCCUUUUCUCUAGCAGAACAGACACUGGGGAAGGAAGCACCAACAAAUAAACUUCUCUAUGCUAAGGACAUUCCACUUUACAAGAAGGAGGUGAAAGCGUACUAUAAAGCCAUCAGGGAUCUGCCUCCAUUGACCACUUCAGAGGUUGAAGAAUUUCUAACUCAGGAAUCUAAGAAACAUGAAAAUGAAUUUAAUGAGAAAGUGGCCUUGAUUGAAAUCUACAGAUACGUAGUGAAAUAUUAUGAUGAGAUUGUCAGCAAACUCGAGCGAGAACGGGGGUUUGAAGAAGUCCAGAAACAGCUCCAGCAAGUAAAAGCCUUAUUUGAUGAAAAGAAAAAAUGCAAAUGGCUCUGAGCAGAGCCCUGACUCACAGCAUCACUGAGGGGGGCUUUAAAUAAGCGCUACUGCUCCC